GUAGAAAUCCCAAAAUUGAAAAUUCCAACCGGCCUAGAGAAUGUAUCAGGCAUUUCUUCCCAAGAAGGAAGUGCUUUGUCUUUGAUCGUCCUACAAAUGACAAAAAUCACUUGGCACACAUUGAAGAUGUGCCAGAUGAGCUGCUAGAUCGUAAUUUCCUGGUGCAAGCAGAAAAAUUCUGUUUUUACAUCUUCAGCCAAGCAAAGACCAAGACCCUGAGACAGGGAAUCAUUGUCACUGGGAACCCUGUGCAGAAGGCAACUGACCACUACAGUCAGCAGAUGGCCCAGCGUGUGAGGUUUCCCACAGAGACGCUUCAGGAGCUGCUGGAUAUCCAUGCAACCUGUGAAAAAGAAUCCAUUGCAAUCUUCCUGGAGCACUCAUUCAAGGAUGAAAAUCAUGAGUUCCACAAAAAACUUAUGCAAUCCAUAGAAAAAAUGAAAGAUGACUUUGUACUGCAGAAUGAAGAGGCUUCUGUGAAAUACUGUCAAGCUGAGCUGCAGCAGUUGUCAAAAGUCCUGAUACAAAGCAUUUCGGGAGGAAUUUUCUCUGUUCCAUGUGGACAUACUCUCUAUUUAAAAGCAAGGAAAAAGGUUGAAGAAGACUAUGCACGAGUGCCCAGGAAAGGAGUUAAG